CGUUCCAAUACCCACGCCGCCCCUAGGCCGGGAAUGAGCGGGAAAAGCACUGGAAGAAGCAGAACAGACCCAGCCCCGACAGAGACGAGACGUGUGCUCGUCUCCUAGAGAUACAAUAAGCAAGGAGACGGGUCAUGAGAGCCAAGGGGAUUGAACCCGUGUGCUAGACAGCGACGAGCCAACUGUGAAAGGAGCCUAGCCGUUGAGUUUUGAAGAAGGACACGUUUUGACAUGGGCGUCAGAGUGGAGUCAGGUUCCCAGGGCGGCCUCUGAGGAGAGUGAGGCGCGGUCGCUCCUGUCGGAGGUGGUAGCGAGGGAGAUGGCAGGAUGCGCCGUGGUGCUGCUUUACGACUCUCCAGAUGCCCUCACACCUCUGCCGUCUGCCCUGCUCCACCACCCUUACGGUCUUUCCCUCAUUAAUCUCGCCGAACUGGAUGCAGCUUCUUCUCUUAACCUGAAGAGCCAAGUGGACAUGAGCGACGCGAGAGUGUGCCGAGGGGUUGUAGUGAUUUCGCACGGAGGGACGUGGCAGCGGCUGUUUAAGGAAGAGUCACACCUGUGGGAAGGGAACACCCUCACCUUACUUCUGCUGCUUUCCAACGGGAACCAUUCCCUUGAUGCCUCGUCACUGCUCCUCCACCCGACCUUUAGAUUUGCGCCUCAGGUGGUGGCGGCGGUGCGGGCGGGGGUCGACGUCUGGACGCUGCACACCACCAGCCUGUUCACCGGAAGCCACAGACACGGCACCUCCUCCCUCGGUGUGUGGAAGCCGAGCUUGGGCUUUAGGCAAGGGGAGCGGCUCUUCCCGGCGAACAAAAUGAACAACUUGCAGGGCUUCACCUUUACAGUGGCCGCCUUACCCUACGAACCCUUCAUCACGUCCGCCGACAACCAGCUCACAGGACCCGGAAAAUACCGUGGACUGGAGGUUCGACUGCUAGAUGUCUUGGCAGCGGCGGCCAACUUUACCUAUCACUAUGUGGCCCCGGUGGACGGCCAGUGGGGCAGACUGACGAAGGAUGGCACUUGGACGGGCAUGAUUGGGAUGGUGGCUGGGGAGAAAGCAGACUGGGCCAUGAGCGAUAUCACCUUUUCUCCGCAGCGAGAGCAAUACGUUGAUUUUUCAAAAACAUUUGUGUAUGACGCCUCCGAGCUUGUCACGCCUCGCGCCAAAGCUCUCCCGAGGUGGUCCAGUCCAAUCAGGCCUUUCCAGUGGAAGGUGUGGCUGUUAGUGUCGGGAGCGGUGGCGGGGGCUGGGCCCUUCCUCUGCAUCCUGGCACGUCUGAGCCAUCACAACUACUCAUCCCGAGUCACUUGGUUCCAUCACCUCGGAAACUCUGUCCUGUUCAUCGUGCAACCCGUCCUUCAGCGAGGGGGCGACAGAGACAUAAUGAUAGCUGCUGGCCGUGUGUUCUUCGGUUUUUGGCUUGUGUUCUCUAUGAUCGUGGGAAUAUCCUACUCGUCGUCCCUAACAUCGUUUCUCAUCACGCCGGGGCUACAAAAACCAAUCGAAAACCUACAACAGCUCGUCACCUCUGAUAUUGGCUGGGCCAAGGUGUCAUUCGGUGGGGUGCAAGAGGCAAUUCUGGAACAAGCUAAGGAUCCCGUGCUGACAGCUCUCCGGGAAGGAGUGCAAUGGCGGGACUCCCUCUCGGGGAUCCUACAAGAAGUAGUGAAAGGACAGCUGGCCACUUGGGACAAUAGUAUCACCACACGCCUCCUAGUGGCAGUCAAGUUCACCGACACCACGGGCCAGCCCCUCGUACACUUUCCUGGCUUCCAUUUGCUGCAGGAGAGGAUUGCGUGGCCCCUGCAGCAACAUGCACCCUACAAGCCAAGGAUGGACCAGCUGAUAAGCCGAGUUGUGGGAGCGGGCCUGGUGGAGAAGUGGCUUGAGUUCAUUAUCUUCGAGGAGCAGAUCAGCAGGCGAUUGGAAAGGAUGCGUGAAAGUGGUGACGAUGAGACGAGUGACAGCCUCGGAGGCACUGUGGUCCUCACCUUAGAGCACUUCCAAGGGCCUUUUUUUGUUCUUAUCCUUGGGUGCUUGUGUGGUGGUGCUGCCCUUCUCGUUGAGCUCUCCCUGAAGUUGUUUCAAAGGGAAAAAUAAGUAUGUAAUCUGCUUCCGAUGUAUCUCAACAACCUGGCCACAUGUUCCUACAAAGGAGUGAAACCGACAACGUCUUCAAGUCUAAGUC